GUAAGAGUAAAACAAAAUCCUACGGAAAGAAAGAAUACCGGAAAAGAGAGAGAAAAAAGAAAACAAAACUUAGGGAGAGAAUUAGAAGGGAAAUGGAGUCUCUUUAUUUCCUUGUCGCUGUUGCAAAAAACAAGCAGUAAGAAACAAAGCGUAUAGUCGCGGCGAGAUCCUCCAAGGGGCCGCUCUCUUUCUUCCAAUCCUCCAUUGACGUUUGAUAAAGAAUUAAAACUCAAUUAAAUUCAGUCUCAAUCAAUCCGAUUGUCAUUUGACCCCUAGUAAUUUAUAUAAAUAGUAGAAGAACCAAAAAGGCAGGCAUCAAAUUGAGUCAAUUUCUGAUUGCGAUUAUGAGAAAAAGGACGAGAAGUAGCGUCGACUGUGCAGUUGUGGAUGUUUGGAAACGUGAAGUUGGGCAACUCUCUACCAGAAACUUCGCUCAACGUCUCGCUGCCUCUGAGGAUCUGGUGCUCCGACUUGAUGUCUUGCGGAAGCUGGAGAAGCACAGGGGCUGUGUUAAUACAGUUAGCUUCAAUGCUGAUGGGGACAUAGUCAUAUCAGGCUCUGAUGACCAAAUGGUCAUACUCUGGGACUGGGACACUGGGAAAGUUGUGCUCUCGUUCCAUUCAGGUCAUCAUAACAAUGUCUUUCAAGCAAAAAUUAUGCCAUACACUGAUGAUCGAAGCAUUGUUACCUGUGCUGCAGAUGGACAGGUGAGACAAGCACAGAUUCUAGAUCAUGGGAAGGUGGAAACCAAGUUACUGGCCAAACAUCAAGGACGAGCUCACAAAUUGGCAAUUGAGCCUGCAAGCCCUCAUAUUUUUUACACUUGUGGAGAAGAUGGGUUAGUUCAACAUAUAGAUUUGAGAACAAACAUCGCUACAGAGCUUUUUACUUGCCGACCUCAGCGGGUGAGGAGAUAUAUGUCCGUACUUCAUCUAAAUGCAAUUACAAUAGAUCCAAGAAAUCCCUAUUUGUUUGCUGUUGCUGGAUCAGAUGAAUUUACAAGAAUUUUCGACAUCCGCAAAUAUAAGUGGGAUGGAUCCACUGAUUUUGGCCAACCGGUUGACUAUUUUUGUCCCCCACAUCUAGUUGGUGAUGAGAACGUGGGGAUAACAGGCUUGGCUUUCUCUGACCAGAGUGAGCUUCUUGUUACAUAUAAUGAAGAGUUUAUUUAUCUUUUCACAAAGGACAUGGGGCUGGGACCUGAUCCAUCCCCUACUUCGCCAUUGUACAAUGACAGUGAUGAGGGUGAAAUGAGCCAAGAUCACGAAUCUGGUGCAUCUCCAGCUGACAUAGAGACGGGAGAAAACAUUGGUCCACAAGUCUACAAGGGGCACAAGAACUCUGAAACAGUAAAGGGCGUGAAUUUUUUCGGGCCCAAGUGUGAAUAUGUGGUGAGUGGAUCAGACUGUGGUAGAAUUUUCAUAUGGAAGAAAAAGGGUGGGGAUCUUGUUCGUGUUAUGGAAGCAGAUAAGCGCGUAGUGAACUGCAUUGAGUCCCAUCCUCAUACCGCAGUGCUAGCCAGCAGUGGAAUCGAGAGUGACAUAAAGAUAUGGACUCCAAAAGCCAUUGAAAGAGCUAUUUUACCUGCAAAUAUUCAACAGGUAUGUGAUAUCAAAAUAAAAACUCAAAUAUGAAGAGGUAAAUUUCGUUGUUGUAGGUUCUUUAGCUUGUUCUUCCUAACAGUUAUGUUGGAAGUAAUACACAAGUUACUUCUAUUGAUGGACAAUGGAUGGGAAACAUUUAAUUGUUCUCAAUAUCUCAAGAUUUUAUCAUUGGGUCAUUAUAACUUGGUUCAUCAUUUUCAGGUAUAACCCAAGAUUGUAGGGGUAAUAAAUUAUGCAUUAGCAUGUUCUCUUUGAUUUCAGCUGCCUACACAUCCUGAUCACACGAGUAAAGCUAAGCUAGUAAUGGGACUACAGUUAGGGGGGUUUCUACUUAUACAAUAAAUGGUUGACAAUUGUACAUUCAAACUUUGUACUGGUCUCUCUUGGUUUCGUAAAAACAUUAUCUACCUGAUAGGGAGUAUCAAAACUAUUAGAAAUAUCAUCUUGUGAAAUUUGAAUGUUUUUUAUUUCAGCUGCAUCCAAUAUUAAACUUCAUUUAACUUGA